AUGUUGUCGAAACGUUUUGAGUUCGGACGUCUGUGCAAUGGGACGCUUCCCAUGCCUGGGUCCCCAAGGCAGCGGCAUAGCAAGAUAGCUCCUCUGCCAGUCUGUGGAGAAUGCCUGGGCACAGAGGCUCGCAAUCCAAGUGGUCAUCCUGAGGAGCUUAUUUCCUGUGAUGAAUGUCGAAGCUCUGCCCAUCCAUCUUGCCUUAAAUUCAGUGUUGAGCUCACACAGCGAGUCAAGUCACUGAAAUGGCAAUGCAUGGAAUGCAAAACUUGCACCUCUUGUGGCAGGCGCCCUGAAGAAGGAUCUUUCCUGAUCUGCAGCACAUGUGAUAGAGGCUUCCAUGAGGAGUGUGCUCAGGCAAAGCUUGAACGGGGUUCCCACUCUCCCUGGGUGUGCCCUCUGUGUGUUCUCAGCUGUGGCAGCAAGAAGGGCCUUUCUGCCACUCCCAAGGCAGCUCUGGUCUCUUCUCCAAAAUCUAGUCACAGAGGGAAGUCCUCGCCUAGAGCCUCCAAAGAUGAAACACAGAAUAUUGUUGAAGUAUUCACACCAAAAAGUUCCAAGAGCAAGAAGAAGCCUGCAGCUCCAGAGGCAGAGAAGGUGGCUUCAGCUGAGCCAGAUGGUAGGCAAAUGAGAAAUCACACCUCUUCUGAUAGCGAGAGUGGGGGUGAAAGCUUGGACAAGGUGUCGGUGGAGAAAAUGCGCUUCUUCUGCCGUCGAUUCAAACUUGAGGGUUCCUUCGAUGGGCAGCAGAGCUGCUCAAAACUCAUUCGUGACAACUGGUCUUCGCUUAUGGGGCAGAAAAAAUUACUUGAGCCUCAGCUGCCCUCCAAGGGUUCAAAAAAGAUCAAACUCUCACCCAAUUUGGGUAUGUCUCGAGUGCUGCUGACAGCAGCACCAAAGAGGGGAGGAAGGGGAAAAAGUCAGUCUGAAACCAAUAUAGAAUAUGGUCAGGAAAACUUUGUAUCUGCUAUACUCUGGAAGGGGACUGAAGUCCUGAGGGGGAACAAGUUGAUGAAGUGGAAUUCAUGCAUGGUGAAAGUGGCAAGACCGAGUCUUCCUUCUGGUGUCACAUUGCGGGACUAUGAGAUGUUCAAGAAAGCCCAGGAGAUAGCAGCAGAGGCCACACCAUUGAUAAACUUGAAUGAUCCAGCCACAGUGGCUAAUGGCAGGUGCCCUGCAUCAGUUGAGUUUGGCAAAUAUGAGAUCCAGACAUGGUAUUCUUCGCCUUAUCCUCAAGAAUAUGCAAGCUUGCAUGUGGGUAUCCUUGAACUUGAUAUUGAGGAAAUUCUCGUGCAUUCCUCGAAAGACCUUCUCGUAGUCUCCGAAGCUCUGGGCCACGUGCAGGACGUGGUAGAAGCGAGCUGGGUCGGACGUGUUGUCCUGGAGCUUCUCCAGGUGAUGCUGGCGGCCUGA